CUCUUCUCUCCACCUCAGCCCAGCACUUCCACUCCUAGUAAGGCUAGAUAGUAUUAGCAAGGUUUGAGCUUUGCCAUGGCUGAGCCAGGGUCCAAGAGAAUGUGGUGUUCUAUUCCAGAGCGGCUCCAGCUGCAUGGCGCCAUGCUGGCCCUGCAGUUUGGCUACGCUGGAUUCCAUGUCGUCUCCAGAGCUGCCCUCAACAUGGGCAUUAGCAAACUUGUUUUCCCUGUCUAUCGCAACAUUAUUGCUUUGCUUCUCCUCCUUCCCUUCGCUUACUUCAUCGAAAAGAAGGAUAGGCCUGCCAUUAGCUGGAACUUCACCUUCCAGUUCUUUCUUCUCGCACUUAUCGGGAUCACAGCAAACCAGGGCUUCUACUUGCUUGGCUUGGACAACACAUCUCCGACAUUCGCAUCAGCAAUUCAGAACUCCGUGCCGGCUAUCACCUUCCUCAUGGCAGCCAUAUUCGGGAUUGAGAAAGUAAGGUGGAACAGAAGAGACGGGAUGGCUAAGGUGGCUGGAACUAUAUUCUGUGUAGCCGGGGCGACCGUGAUAACACUAUACAAGGGUCCAACCAUAUACAGCCCGGUGCCACAUCUACAGGAUACUUCAAUAUCUUUGUUUGGGUCACUGGAACUUGGAGAUGCCAACGGAAAGAGCUGGACCCUUGGUUGCAUCUACCUCAUAGGUCAUUGCUUGUCCUGGUCGGCCUGGCUGGUGAUGCAAGCACCAGUUCUGAAGAAGUACCCCGCUCGCCUCUCUGUCACAUCUUACACAUGUUUCUUUGGCCUCAUUCAGUUUCUGGUCAUCGCUUUGAUCUUUGAAAGAGACGCUCAGGCUUGGGUUUUCCACUCUGGUGGAGAAGCUUUCACUAUUCUCUACGCUGGAGUGGUGGCAUCCGGAAUUGCCUUCGCCGUGCAGAUAUGGUGCAUUGACAGAGGCGGCCCUGUGUUCGUUGCCGUGUACCAACCUGUUCAGACUCUUGUUGUGGCAAUCAUGUCUUCCAUUGCCUUAGGCGAACAGUUCUAUUUGGGCGGGAUUAUUGGAGCAGUAUUGAUCGUGGUGGGAUUGUAUCUGGUGUUGUGGGGCAAAAGCGAAGAGAAGAAGCUUCAAAAGGAACAGCUUACGAUUGUGUCGUCUGCUCCUGAGCACGUUCCCAGGCCGACAAGCCACUCCAAGGCUUCACUCACUCAGCCACUCCUUCCUUCGUCCACAGAAAAUGUCUGAUCAUAAUAACUUCAAAGCAACUACAAGAUUUCGUAUACUUGUUAUACUACUGCCAUAUCAGGAAGCUUGUGUGUGCAUGCAGCGAUUUUCAUCUUCGGUUUUGUUUUGAUUUGAAGCUUUUUGGUUAAAUCAAAUGCUCAUGCUUUACUAGGACAUUUAGGAGAGAUUAUAUGGGAUUUGGUUCCAAUGAUGGAUGUCACUGUGGUGGGGGCGAUAGAGCCUGAAAUCCCAUCUGCUUUUUAAUAUAUAUGUUAAUUUAUGGUUUGAUUUACGAAAGGAAAGUUAUUACUUUCUAAGA